CUUUGAAGAUUUUUCCAGAUUUGGGCCAUGACAUUUCACAAUUUUGCGUGGAUGCAAGCUGCUGAGGCACUAAAUCAAUCAAUCAUUGCAAUGUCAAUGAGGCGAGGGAAGCUAACAUGUAGGUCUACACGCACAACGAACAACAGUUUAGACGAACACUGAGUACAAUCGUGUUAUUAAUUAUAAAAACGGAACAAGAAGCUCAGCACAGAGCAUUUGUCGAUCGAAGAGAGACGCUGGCACCAUCCCGAAGUUUAAAGUCCUGUAAACAGUAGAUCUACAUUGUAUUUUCUGGUAGCACAGCAUCAAAAUAAUAAUUCUUCGCCUUAGCCCCCAGCCUAGGUGUAGGUCGGAAGCUGAGGCUGAUAUUUAUCCAUUGCACUGGGAUUCUCGCUAUCAUCUGGCUCGCACCUGCACAGGCUGGAGAGUGAGAAUCAGGCUGCAAUCUGGUAAUCGGCUCACUGUCGCCCCGGGACCAACUCUACAUCAGGCAACACGAUAACCUAGAUAACUGCUUACACCAGCAGUCUAUGCGCAAUGCUAUUCGGCUGCUAGAUAAAAUAGCGGUCAUAGUGCUGUCUUCUGUCCAUACUUGUGUAGUCGGAUGUUUUCUUGGCAGUGAAGGGCACUUUGCUCACCGAGAGGCCGGUACGAGCACAUCGACUACUAGCGCUCUACUUAGUGUUCGACAUCGGUGAUAUGCUACUACUACUACUGCUGGCCUUGUGUCGUUAGAGCAAAAACUGAUCAAGGUCAACAACACCAUCUCAGUGAUUCAACAGACGUCGCAAGUAUCGGACAUUUGCGAACCACUCACCAUCCGAGUCCCUCGCCUCUCUCAAUCAGCAGGCCAAAAACUAUUUUGACAGACGAGACACGACACGGGCGUGUGCCGACGGCCGCCAAGCCGAGUUUCCGCAAAACUCCAGCCUAGUAUUUCGUACACGUAGGUCUACGCAGUACCUACAUGUAGCUGUGUGGCUGCUUGGCUGAGGACAAACACGCAAACAGGCGAAACCCAACAUCACACUCACGUUCUCUCAUCCCGCUACUGGAAUCAGAGCGAUGAGCAGCGCCUUUUCCAAGAGAAAGAAGCGUAGGUCUACUACUCCAACAUUAGCAACAAACAGUCAGUAUCACGGAUUUGUGAGGUAACAGUUUUGAACUGCUCGUCACCCAGUCACGGGGAUUCCGUGUGAGUGCGUUCUGCGCAUCCUUUGAAAGUGUUCUCCAAACGUUGUUGCAUCCUGGAUACACUGACACCGGGCGGUUGGUUGGCGAGCGUCGAUUGAACUGACCGAUGCUCAACAAAGCAACUAUUCCUCUCACAGCGUCAGAAUCAACCCAGGGACAAAACUUCAGAAGCAAUCACCGUGGCGCGAGCUGGAGCAGAGGAUAUCACAUCCAGUGAGCGUGCGACGUGAUCCAUUCGCCUUGCUGCUGCACUGCACUGACCAACUGGAAAAUAAUUUCACGGCGCGCACUGGAGCGUGAUUGUGUCACUCGCCCGUUAGUAGUGUUUAGCUACCGUUGGAGAAGCUCGCUAGAUUUCAAGUUCAUCCCGCUACGAAAUUGUAGGGGCCGUGAGACAACUAUUGGGUCGCGAUCAAUGACGGGAAUCUGUUUCUCCUCCGUCUGAGGGAGGUUUGCGGUGCGCGAUGUGCUGCAGUUUGCUGUGAGAAGGUAUCGGGAGGUUGUUUGUUAUCAAUCGCGGCAAGUGUUUCUCUCGGCUCUACACUUUGUCGAGUCGCUGCUCUGUUAUCGCGAGCGUUGUGGUAGCGCCCUGUUGAGUGUUUUAGCGUGCUCUUGGCCAAGCGUUCCAGAUUGCAGAAAGGGAUCGUUUGGAGCUCCCCCUCCGCACUCCGUGCUGGUGUGUGGUGCCUCUUGUGCAACACAAUACGCACUUGGUGACAAAGAGCUGAGCGAUAACCCACGCGAUAGGAGUGCUAACUUUUCAAGGCCAGUAGGGCCGCGAGGCUGAAGAUGAGGGACGGAAGCAAGGCCGAUGAUACGCCGUCGGAGGCCGUACGGACCAGCCAGCCAGUGGACGUAGACGAAGUCGAUGGGAAUGCAGUCGCCAGUCUACGGCAGCCAGCGAAAGCCAACGGUAAUGGAAGUGUACAGAGGCGAUCUAGCGGCGGGUUGAUGGGACGCUACUGGUCGACUACAAGCGUACUGGAUAUGGCGAAUGCUUACAAUCGCAGCGUGAUGCCCAGCAUGCUGACGGACGCUGAAGAGCGAAUGUUGGAGGACGUCGAGGAGGAAUCGUCUGACUGGGAAGAUAGCGAUUGCGAGAGUGAACCAGACAGUGCGGGGGACAGUCAAAGCGACGACAAUGGGGACGAGGAGCUGCUAGCGGCAACGACGUCCGCCCUGUUCCCAACGUCUCUCUCCCAGCCUGAAAUGCACGCUGAUCUGGCAAGAAAGCGCUCUGCAUCCCUACCCAAAACCAGCAGUGAUGAUGGUGCUCUGGAGCAUUUGAGCGCAAGACGACAAUCCAGUAGGCUACUGAGAGGUGAGAGUUUGAGAAGGCAGCUGUUCCAGGAAACAAUGCUGAGCAAUCCAGCGCUGAGACGGAAUUCCAGCGUGGAAUGCCUGCCUAUGCCCGAUGCAGCAGGAGCAGGGAGUGUGGACUUGGCGGAUGGAUGCGCGGCGUCUGCAGGGAGGUCGGACAGGGUCAAGCCCCGCCACACCGUCAUCGGGUACUCACUGCCCGUGUGGAGUGCACCGGAGAGUCGAGGUCCGUCGCGACAAACAUCCUCGUCCGCCACCGCCGCCAUCACCGCCGGUGCUGCCGAGGACCACAGCGUACUGCAACUGUGCACCAGCGAGCCUGUGCGAUCCGCAUCUCCCCGAUUGACCGACGACAGUGCACAGCGAUGCACUUCCGACACGACGUCGGCCGCGGCGCACAAAAGCCGCUCGCUGGGCGCAGUGGGUACCGACCAUCGACGCAGUUACAUGCUCGCCAUCGACCCGUCCGAACUGAACCUGGCCAAGUCGGGCACGGGCACACUGCGCAAGAUCAAGAAGAGCUUUGGAAAGGUCUUCAAGCACAGAGACUCGGUGCCAGGAGCGUCGAAAGAAGCAAGCAGCGCGUCCGGAGUUUCCAACGAUAGCGGCCUGGAGUGUUCGCCGCCAGUGUCCUCUACCCUGGAGCAUCAGGAGUCGGUGUUUUCAUCCACAGAGACAGCGGACGACUUUGUCUACUCCACCCCGGCCAGAGAGUUAGCAGCCAAGCAGCGCAGCCGUGUCUCCUCCGCUCCCGUCCCGUCCCGAUUUAAAGACAUGCUGAAGAAGAAGAAGACGACACCCGAGCGUCACUCCGUGGCCGAGUCGAUACGCUCUGACGAUACGUGUAGUUCGCUGAGCGAUCAUUCUUCUCGUGGCUCAUCGCCAUCAUCGGAGAAUGCGCCGGAAUUUGCGCACCGGGAGCGCAAGGCGACGAUACUGCAGCGCUUCCAGUCGCCGAUCCUGACGCGGCGAUGGAAGAUGAUGCAGGAGGGCCGAUCGGGGCUGGAUCGUCAGCACAGCAGCAGUGUCCCCACACACCUCCACCACCUGGAAACGGGAUCGAGUCCUGAGCCGCCUAUCCGUCCGUUCAUUCGCAGACUCAUGGACAUCGAGCCAAGGCAUUUGGCCGAGGAGCUCACUCUCCUAGAUGCCCAUCGUCAGCAGCAGAUUCAGGCCAACGAGCUGAUCGACUGCGCGUGGAUGUCUAAGGACAGGGAUGUUCGAGCGCCGAAUAUCAUGACAAUGGUGGAGCAUUUUAACAGACUGGCACUGAUCACUACUAAGGAGGUCCUGACGCCAGCGACAGCAGAAAAACGUGCCCGAGCGAUCGGCUACUUCAUCAAGGUUGGUGAAGAGUGUCUAAAGCUGCAGAACUUUAACUCCCUCAAAGCUAUCUUAGCUGGUCUCCAGUGCACGCCAAUGUUCCGACUGCAGAGAACGUGGAAAGAAGUCUCGGCCAACAAGAUGAAGCGAUUCGAUGAUCUAUCCGAAUUGAUGACCGAAAACAAGAACUAUGUAGCGUACCGGCAUCGCAUGGUCAAAGCUCUGGACAAUCCGCCGUGCGUUCCGUUCCUGGGAGUCUUCCUGACGCAGAUCUGCCAGAUGGAGACGUUCCACCAGAUGCACCACAAGCGCAAGCGCAGCCUGCGUGGGUCCACACGCCGGCGCCUGUCGCGGCGCGGCACCAAGGGCAAGAACGACGCAGACAGCAGGCCGGCGGUGCGACGGAAAUCGACGAAGCGUACUCCGCGCCCACCGCGUGCUCCAGCGGCGGAACGGCUGUCCGAGCUGCCAACAAUCAGCCAGACGGAUGAGAUUGACGGCACCGGUGCGGAUGACCAGACGUCUUCUGUAGCUCCGGAAAGCCAGCCAUUGCCUGUAGAGAGUACGGACAGUAAGAACAAUGCAUCACACACCACCGCCUGUGCAGAGAGCCAAGACCGUGCCAAUGACGUUUCUUGCGCGUCAUCGUGUUCGCACGAGUGCCCACUGGAUCGUGUUAACACGUCUCGGCUGCACGAGCAUCUGAAUGGCUUUGCAGCUCAACUAAACGGCCACAUCAACACCAGCGAAGAAGACACUAAUAUCACCAAUACAUGUAGCGAUGCCCAGGAUUCAUGCACUGACAGAGAAGAACGCCAUAGUGAAGCUAAUCUGAACGAGAACGAGAUUGCCAGACAACGCGCUGGAUCGACGUCCCCUGCGUCAAUGCGCUUUGCCGAACUCACCGACACCCGCCGCCCACACGACAGUCUCAUCAGCGAAGACAGCGCGUACGUCAGUGACUUGGGCAGUCGGGCGAGCAGCACUACGCUGAUGUACCGCAACGACAGUAGCUACGAGGGCAGGGAUGAAAGCGGAGCACUCGUCAAGCGUGCCUCGUCUGUUGACCAGCCAAGUCCUCUCACCGAAACACAUACCACUUUGCAUGAUGCAUCCCAGAAGAUACCGGAAGACUCUGAGAGUGGUGUCGAAGGCACUGGUAGUGAAAUACCAACAGUGGCAGCUAAUGCAUCAACUGAAGGAAGUAGCAAAGACACGUCAGAGCCGCUGAAGACUGAAACCGUGGAUGGCCCUGCAGAUCAACCUGGCCUCGAAACCUCGCCUGACGACGUGGAAAACACUGGUGAUGCAAAGUCAAGCGAUUCUCCAGACGGAGUCGUCAAGCGGGCACACGAGAGUUUGAAGCGUAAAGUAAAGGAACAGCAUCAGCUGUCAUCGUCGUCGCUCCGCUCAGCCAACUCUGGCAAUGUUCGUGAACGGUUGGCCACGGUCGUUGGUAUGGUACCCAGCCCUCGUCCGAAACGACGCACGUCCAGCGAGACGAGUGUCAGUCACAGCGGCAGCAACACGCUGACAAAGCUUCGUGUGCAGUCACCAAACUCCUCGCUGACCUCUGUAGGCGAAUCGGCACAGAAAACUGAAAACUCGACGGCCGUUGCGGCGUGCGGUGGAGAAGAUUCCACGGCCGAAGCGGCAGCACCGGCCACCGCAGAACGACCACUGACCAUCCAGGAUUCAGCAACUUCCCUGAACUGCCAAGUCAGUCCGCACAUGUCCCUGGCCGAGCAACUGCGGCGCUACAAGCUUGCUGCCAGCUGCUACCAUCACGCUAGCAAGCCGUGGGUGCGAUAUCUGCUGGACAACUACGUAUGCAAUACGGAAGAGCAGAACUACCUGCUGUCGUGCGAGAGAGAACCGAGACAGGAGUCGAGGAAGUCCUGGUACGAGCGGCUGACAUCAUGAACUCCUACUCGUACGUAUGAUACUCUUGUUGUUAUUAUUAUUAUCCAUCCGAGUCCAUUAUUAUUAUUACCUUGAAUCCUUUCUAUCUGGCAACUAUGCAGCAGAGCCUCAAGUAUCAGAAUGUUGCACAUUUUUACUACGAUUACCUAGAUGCUAGCUGACACUGUGAAAGAAUUUGUGAAAAUUAUUUUUUGUUGAAGAGCCGCUUGCCUCCCUGCUGACGGAUGUCUUGAGUUCUCUUAUAUCGAUUAUCGGCACCGAAAGAUGGAAUUUUCCAGAAUUUCUCAUAUUUUGAUAGCAAUAUGGUCAUUCUUGAUUGACAUCGGUUUGUGUUAUUUUCGCCACUUUUCAUCGGGUCAUCGCCAAUCCAGUUUACUUCAAAGAAGAGCAUUACGGCUACGAACUAGCGCUCCUUAUGUGUCCUGUUGAAAUUUUACUACUUUUAGAGUUGCCAAUAAGCAAACGCCCAAUACUCUUGCUGCUCAUCAGCCUUGAAGAUAUUUUAUGGAUUUCUGAAAGAAGUUCCUUUUCAACUAGA